AUGUUGAAAGCCGAGUCUUCAGGUGAAAGAACCACUCUCAGAAGUGCCUCUCCUCACAGGAAUGCAUACAGAACAGAGUUCCAGGCACUGAAAAGUACUUUCGACAAACCUAAGUCAGAUGGGGAACAGAAAACAAAAGAUGGAGAGGGCUCCCAGCAGAGCAGGGGUAGGAAAUAUGGCUCCAAUGUCAACAGAAUUAAAAAUCUAUUUAUGCAGAUGGGUAUGGAACCCAAUGAGAAUGCUGCUGUUGUUGCCAAAACUAGGGGGAAAGGUAGACCUUCAUCCCCUCAGAGGAGAAUGAAGCCCAAAGAAUUUGUGGAGAAAACAGAUGGCUCAGUGGUUAGGUUGGAGUCCUCUGUUUCUGAACGAAUUAGUAGAUUUGACACAAUGCACGAUGGCCCUUCAUAUGCUAAGUUCACAGAGACUCGGAAGAUGUUUGAGAGAAGUGUGCAUGAGUCAGGGCACAAUAAUCGCUACUCCCCAAAGAAAGAGAAAGCUGGAGGGGCUGAACCACAGGAUGAGUGGGGUGGUUCCAAGUCCAACAGAGGUAGCAGUGAUUCCUUGGACAGCCUGAGUCCCCGGACUGAGGCUGUCUCCCCAACAGUGAGUCAACUGAGUGCAGUGUUUGAGAGCACUGAGUCUCUGGGUGCCAUCACUUCUGAGAAGGCUGAAAACAGUGACUACUCAGUGACUGGGCAUUACCCUCUGAAUUUGCCAUCUGUUACCGUUACCAAUCUUGAUACCUUUGGCCACCUCAAGGAUUCUAAUUCAAGAUCUUCUCCAAACAAACACGGUGUUGAGACGGAGGAUGCUCAGGGUAGUGCAACUCCCGAAGUGGCUUGGAAAGGUACCUCUCUAGCUUCAUUGCCGAGUGAAGAGAUACAGCCGAGCAAGGAAGCUGAGGACGUCACGUCUGCUCAAGAGACUCUGGGCAGCAUUGGCAAGGAUAUUGCUGAAGAACCCUCUGCUGAGAACCAGGCAAUGCCGAAGUCUGGUAUCCUCUCCCCACAGAACCAAGCUUUAGGAGAUGCUGAAGCUAGUGUGGUGGGGAGUGGGACAGCACAGCCACAGAAGAGAGACCUUACAGGUGGUGAUGUAGCCUCUCCCGAUGCUUCUGCUUCCAGCUGUGGGAAAGAAGUACCCGAAGACUCAAACAAUUCCGAGAGUUCCCACGUAUACAUGCAUAGUGACUACAACGUGUAUAGGGUGAGAUCCAGGUAUAACUCAGACUGGGGAGAGACAGGCACUGAGCAAGACGAAGAGGAAGACAGUGAUGACAACAAUUACUAUCAGCCCGACAUGGAGUACUCCGAGAUCGUUGGGUUGCCUGAGGAGGAAGAAAUCCCGGCAAAUAGGAAAAUUAAGUUUAGUUGUGCUCCGAUUAAGGUUUUCAACACAUACUCCAAUGAAGACUAUGACAGAAGAAAUGAUGAAGUUGACCCUGUGGCUGCAUCUGCUGAGUAUGAGCUUGAGAAGCGUGUAGAGAAGCUGGAACUUUUCCCUGUGGAACUGGAGAAAGAUGAGGAUGGACUUGGCAUCAGUAUUAUUGGAAUGGGCGUUGGCGCCGAUGCAGGGCUGGAGAAGCUGGGGAUAUUCGUCAAGACAGUGACAGAUGGCGGCGCUGCUCAGAGGGAUGGCAGAAUCCAAGUCAAUGACCAGAUUGUAGAAGUGGAUGGAAUCAGCCUGGUGGGGGUCACACAGAAUUUUGCAGCAACUGUUCUGCGAAAUACCAAGGGCAACGUCAGGUUCAUUAUUGGGCGAGAAAAACCAGGACAAGUGAGCGAGGUUGCCCAGUUGAUAAGCCAGACCCUGGAACAGGAGAGGCGCCAGAGGGAGCUGCUUGAGCGCCACUAUGCCCAGUAUGAUGCUGAUGAUGAUGAGAACACUGUGGCUGAAUUGCAAGGAAUGUCUGGCAACUGCAAUAACAAUAACAACCGUUUCCUUAAGACUGGAGAAUAUGCCACUGAUGAGGAAGAGGAUGAGGUCGGGCCCAUUCUUCCUGGUGGUGACAUGGCUAUUGAAGUCUUUGAGCUCCCUGAGAAUGAGGACAUGUUUUCCCCAUCUGACCUGGACACCAGCAAGCUCAGUCACAAGUUCAAAGAGUUGCAAAUCAAACAUGCAGUUACAGAAGCAGAGAUUCAAAAAUUGAAGACCAAGCUGCAAGCAGCAGAAAGUGAGAAAGUAAGGUGGGAACUAGAGAAAAACCAGCUUCAACAGAAUAUUGAAGAGAAUAAAGAAAGAAUGCUGAAGUUGGAGAGCUACUGGAUCGAGGCACAGACUUUGUGUCACACCGUGAAUGAGCAUCUCAAAGAGACUCAAAGCCAGUAUCAGGCCUUGGAGAAGAAAUACAACAAAGCGAAGAAGCUGAUCAAGGAUUUUCAACAAAAAGAGCUCGAUUUCAUCAAGAGACAGGAAGUAGAAAGAAAGAAGCUUGAAGAGGUAGAGAAAGCUCAUCUGUUGGAAGUCCAAGGCCUACAAGUACGGAUCAGAGAUCUGGAGGCUGAGGUUUUCAGACUUCUGAAGCAAAAUGGGACUCAAGUUAACAACAACAACAACAUCUUUGAGAGGCGAACAUCUCCCGGUGAAGUCUCAAAAGGAGACACUAUGGAGAAUGUGGAAGCCAGGCAAACAUCCUGUCAGGAUGGCUUGAGUCAAGACUUGAAUGAAGCAGUCCCAGAGACAGAGCGCCUGGAUUCGAAAGCACUGAAAACACGGGCCCAGCUCUCUGUGAAGAAUAGACGCCAGAGGCCCACGAGGACAAGGCUCUAUGACAGUGUCAGCUCAACUGAUGGUGAAGACAGCCUGGAACGGAAGCCUUCAGACAGUCUCUCUCUAACCACACACACACACGUUACCAAAUCGCUUCUGCCCAAGGGUUGGAGAGUUUCUUCUCCAGAAUCAGAUUUUGGUGUCGCGCCCCUCACCCCUGGGGCUAGCGGUGAGGUCUUCACAUCUCCUGACCUGACCGAGUCUCAAGAAGGAUCAUGGCUGCCAGAAAAAGACACUCUCUCCUCUGCCUCGGGAGACACUUCACCCUCCUCACCUUCAAAAUCUGAUCACGAGACAGAAGACUCUUCUUGCCACCGUCAAACAACCAAGAAACCAUUACAUGAAAAAGAUGAUGCCAAUUGUCCGAAAUCACCAAGAGCACCCAGUUCAUUUGUGGUACAAGGAGGAAAAAUUAAGCAGAAGUUUGUGGAUCUGGGGGCACCUUUGCGAAGGAAUCCCAAUAAGGGGAAGAAAUGGAAAGAAAAAGAAAAGGAAACCAGUAGGUUUUCUGCAGGUAGCAGGAUCUUCAGAAGCAAAUUGGAGAACUGGAAAGCCAAGCCUUCCCCUGCGGCUCAGGCCUCCAAUCGAUCUCCUUGCAUGCCAUUCUCAUGGUUUAACGAGAGCCGCAGAGGAUCCUAUUCCUUCAGGAACCUACCUUCAGUUCCAAGUCCCCUUCAGCCUUCUCCUGAGACACUAAUUUCAGAUAAAACAGGGUCCAAGGUAGACAACAGUGGUCUAAAAGAAACUGACAAGAAAGCCUCCAAUCCUAUCUCCUCUUCGAUUUUGGGAAGGCCUUCUCACCUGUGUAAUUUCACCUUCAAUGAUGACUUCAGUCCAAGUAGUACCAGCUCUGCAGACCUGAGUGGCUUAGGAGCAGAACCCAAAACCCCAGGGCUCUCCCAGUCCUUGGCACUCUCCUCAGAUGAGAUCCUUGAUGACGGACAGUCUCCCAAACACAGCCAGAGUCUAAAUCGGGCCGUACAUGAAUGGAGUGUGCAGCAGGUCUCUCACUGGUUGAUGAGCCUAAAUCUGGACCAGUAUGUGUCUGAAUUCAGUGCCCAGAGCAUCACUGGGGAGCAGCUCCUGCAGCUGGAUGGAAAUAAACUGAAGGCUCUUGGAAUGACAUCAUCCCAGGACCGGGCACUGGUUAAAAAAAAACUAAAGGAAAUGAAGAUGUCUCUAGAGAAGGCUCGGAAGGCCCAAGAGAAAAUGGAAAAACAAAGAGAAAAACUGAGGAGACGGGAACAAGAGCAAAUGCAGAGGAAGUCCAAAAAAUCAGAGAAGAUGACUUCCACAAAAGAAAGCAACAGUGAGCAGUAA